AUGAAACUCUCAGCUUAUAUCAUUCUUAUCAUUCUCAUCAUAUCGAUUGUAUUUGAUAAAAUACAAUACUAUGAGGCAAGACAGUUGCAAACAGACGGUAAAGAUCGUGAUCAUCAAUUCACGGCCGGUUACACUGAUGAUUUCGGGCCUACUUCACCAGGUAAUAGUCCGGGCAUUGGUCAUAAGAUGAGGGAGAAUAAUGAUACUGUUGAAGGUCUUAAAGAUGACUUCAAACCUACAGCGACACCAGGACAUAGUUCCGACGUUGGGCAUGCUGUCAAAAACAAUGAGCCUAAGGCUUAA